AUGCUCUGGAUUAAGCUAGGUGAUCUCAACACCAAGUUUUUCCACAGAAGUAUUAAGCAAAGACAGACUAGGAAAAGGAUUGUUUCCCUUUCUACCCCCAAUGGCAAUAUUACUGACCCUGAGGAGAUUAAAAAUGAGUUUCUAACUCAUUAUAAGAAUUUUAUUGAGAUGACAAAGCCCCUGGGCCAGAUGGAUUCUCUAGUGCUUUUUUUUAAGAGAAGUUGGAACAUUGUGGGGCAAGAUGUCUGCAUAGUUGUGAAGGAAUUUUUCCAGAAUGGGAAGCUUCUUAAUCAGGUAAACUCCACUUCUAUUGUCUUAAUCCCUAAAGUGCAAUCCCCUAACAGUAUUAGUGACUAUAGGACUAUUGCCUGUUCUGAUAAUGUUCUUAUGGCUCAUGAGAUUAUUAGGAACUAUCAUAGGGGUAAAGGGGAUUCUUGUUCUAUGAAAGUUGAUAUCCAAAAGGCUUAUGACUCCUUAGCCUGGGAUUUUAUUGAAGAGGUUCUUAUUGGGUUUAGGUUCCCUAACCAGUUCAUUGCCUUUAUUAUGAAGUGUAUUAGAAGUGCUAAGUUCAAUAUUAUUAUAAAUGGGGAAGAGUCUGGUUAUUUUGCUGAGGGUAGAAGCCUGAGACAGGGGACCCCAUCUCUCCCCUGUUGUAAGUCCCUGAAAAUCAGUCACCUAGCUUUUGCUGAUGAUCUGUUCUUGUUCUCUAAUGGAGAUCUUAAUUCCAUUAGCAUUCUUAAAAAUACCCUCUCUGAAUUCUCUAAUAUGUCUGGUCUCUAUCCUAACCUCAACAAAAGCUUUGUCUACUUUGAUGGUGUUAAUAGUGUGUUAAGGAAUGAUAUUCUGUCUUUCCUAGGGUUUAAGCAUGGCAGUCUUCCAGUUAAAUAUCUUGGUCUGCCCCUCCUUACUACUAGACUCUCUGGUACCAACUGCAAUGAGAUGAUCAGUAAAAUUUCCUCUAGAGUCUCCUCCUGGGCUGCCAAAAGCCUGUCCUAUACAGGUAGACUUCAACUUAUUAAUGAUGUCAUCAUGAGCAUGCAUAUCUAUUGGAGUUCCAUCUUCAUCCUCCCUAGCUCUGUCAUUUCUGGAGUUGAGAGAAUUUGCAGGAGAUUCUUAUGGAAUGGCUCUGACCCUAGUAAGAAUAAGAGUCUUGUGAGCUGGAAAGAUGGUAUCUGUAAGUCAGCUGAUUGCUCCUGGUCCUGGAGAAAUCUCCUGAAAAUUAGAAACAAUGUGAAGCCUUAUUUUGAGUAUAUUCUGGGAAAAGGGGACAGAUUCUCCUUCUGGCAUGACCCCUGGAUGGAUGGUGCUUCUAUUGUGGAUAGAUUCCCCCUUAUCAACAUCAAGGAUGCUGAUGUCCAUAAAGAAGCUAAAGUCUGCAACCUUUGGAAAAAUGGAGAGUGGUCUCUUCUAGAUCCGAUGGAUAAUAUUACUCAAACUGCUUGGGAUCAAGUCUCCAAAUUCAAGAUUGAGCCUGACAGGGAGGAUAGGGUCAACUGGAAAAUUGAGAAGAAUAAAGCCUUCUCUGUUAGAAGCUUAUACCAUGAUAUGACUCCCAACACUGUCAAGGUUGAUUGGUACAAGCUGGUGUGGUACAAAGGUUACAUUCCCAGAGGUAAAGAGACCCUGGAGCAUCUCUUCUUUUCCUGUAACUUCUCCCUGGGGAUUUGGAAAAAAGCUUUGAGGGACAUGGGUCUUGACAGACCUGCCUAUCCUUGGAACAGAGAAGUCAGCUUUUUUAUUAGAAGAACUUCUGGUAGAUCAAGUGAUUCUAAAGUCAGGAAAGUUAUGUGCAUUUUUGUUAAUUCAAGUAUGUGUCUUUUGGCUAUUAGAUACAGGCAAAUAGUCAAAGUACAUGAUCACAAUUUACUAAAGGGCAGUGCUAUUUGGCCCGAAUCCUCUUGGACACAAAAUGGCCAGAAAUGA